AUGUCAUCGUCCGUAUCUCCCUCCUGUGCAAACAAACGGGAGGUGCUCAACCGCGUGAAGGAGGUCCUUGAGACGUACGUGCAAUCGAGUGUGAUUGACCGCGAGGAUUUCAAGAACUUGGCAAAGAAGUUAGCAGAAGCGGUGGCACCGCCAGCAGCAACGACGGUGGUUGAUCGGGCCACGCUGCAGCAGCUGGUGGAAUUCCUCGGUGAAGCCGGCGCCGAUGAGACAGUGAUCGCCCCGGUUCGCGCGAGAUUGCAGGAACACACCGCGAGCGCGGCGGCGGGUGAGGCGGCGCAGGAGUCGCAGAAGCAAGAGAAAUUGGCUGCAGCUGCAUCAGGUGCAUUCUCGGCGUUCUCGCUCAGCGCCCUGCAAGCGAGGAUGGCUAAGAAGAAGGAGGAGUUGCGGCGGCACCGUGACGAGGCGGCGGCGACGGCGGACG